GUUGCGUUACGUAUACCUACUGGUAUAUGGCCAUUACGUCCUAUGUCAGAUGCUUGGAAGCAGUCUGGAGGAUCGUCCUUUAGCAUGCGUGUUGAAGGCCUUGAUUCCUGCAUGCUGUUUUCCAGUAUACAGUUGGCUAUCAUUUCGUGGAAGACGUCUAGCACACUUGUUGUUCUCGCCGAUUAUCAACCAAGACCAAGCAGUUGUAAAUACGAUCUCAGAGCUGCACACAUCGGACAGCAUCAACCAAAAGAACUUGUAUGCGCAUUCGAUCUGGUACAGUUGGAAGUAGCUUCUCAAGUAUAA